CUGACAGGUUUCCUCCAGUAAGAGGUGACUCUUGAAGCUCUGCAGAAACAAGUGUGUGUGUGAUUUCAAGGCACGAUGGCUGCAAAAGUGGUUCCUAUACCCCUAAAGCCAAAGAGGUCCUUUAUACUGAGAGUUCCUCCUAACUCCAAGCUGGGCCAAGGUCUACUCCGAGAUGCUACUAGUGGGCCCAAGACCAUUCACCAGCUGGUUCUGGAGCACUUCCUCACCUUCUUGCCCAAGCCAAGCCUAGUCCAGCCCAAUGAGAAAGUCAAGGAGACCUUGGUUAUUGUGAAGGAUGUGAGCUCAAAUCUUCAGAACAGAGUGCAACCUCAUCCCUUAGUGAAGCUUCUACCCAGAGAAGGAAUCCAGCAGAAACAAGAGACAGUGUCUCUGUGUUUGAAAGCUGAGUCUGAGGAGCUGGUGGUCUUUGAGGAUUUGAAUGUAUUUCACUCCCAAGAAGAGUGUGUAAGCUUGGAUCCUGUUCAGCAGCCCACCUCAGAGAUUCAAGACAACAGCAUUGGGGAGAUGAUGUUACUGGUCAGUGACAGUAAUCCUGAGGGUGAAGAUCUUCAGAAAGAACCUGUAGAGAAUGAAGAUCAGAGAGAAAAGUCUUCAGAUUGUGAUGAAAUUGAUUGCUCCAUGGUCUCUGAGCAACCUCCAGAUUGCCAGAAAGAGGAAAGACUAAAUACAUCCAUUCCAAAGGAAAGGAAAAUGAGAAAUCUUUUAGUUACCAUCGAAAAUGAUACUCCACUAGAGGAACUCUCAAAAUAUGUGGAUAUCAGUGUUAUCGCACUUACCAGAAAUCGGAGAACAAGAAGGUGGUAUACUUGUCCACUGUGUGGGAAACAGUUUAAUGAAAGUUCUUACCUUAUUUCCCACCAGAGGACUCACACUGGAGAAAAACCCUAUGACUGUAGUCACUGUGGGAAAAGCUUCAAUCAUAAAACAAACCUUAAUAAACAUGAGCGAAUCCAUACAGGAGAGAAACCUUAUUCAUGUUCUCAAUGUGGGAAAAACUUUCGUCAGAAUUCUCAUCGGAGUCGCCAUGAAGGAAUCCAUAUAAGGGAGAAGAUAUUUAAGUGUCCAGAAUGUGGGAAAACCUUCCCAGGAAACAAAGAAUUUGUGAUUCAUCUGCAGAGUCACGAGGCUGAGAGACCAUAUGGUUGUACAAAGUGUGGGAGGAGGUUUGGUCGGCUGUCAAACUGUACCCGGCAUGAAAAAACCCAUUCAGCAUGUAAGACCUGAAAACAGAAGUGGGAUCGGGAAAGGUCUGAUGGUCCUGCCUCAACCUGA